CACUCAGAGUCGGACAGUCGACAGAAGAAGAAGAAAGCAGCAGACAGUCGGUCUGCGGGCUGACACAAAGCCCAAAAACACGGUCCAACCGGCGGAUAAAACAGUUUUCAAAGCGAGAGAAGAGUCUGGUUCCGUGACAAUGUAUUUCUUCGCAGUGUUUGUCCUUUUGGGGACAGGACUGGCGGUAAACGGCGAGAUUCAUUCCCUCACUUACAUCUACACGGCCUUCUCCAAACCUGUCGACCUACCGGGCAUCCACGAGUUCACAGCCAUGGGUCUGCUCAACGGCAGGAUGAUCGACUACUUUGACAGCGACAACCAGAAGAAAGUUCCCAAACAGGCCUGGAUGACAGAGCGACUGCCUGCAGAUUACUGGGACAAAGGCACCCAGUCCCGCCAGAGCAAGCAGCAGUGGUUCAAAGUCAACAUCGACAUCCUGAAGGAUCGAAUGAGACAGAAUGACACGGACCUCCAUAUUCUCCAGUGGAGGCACGGCUGCGAAGGCGAAAUGAAGGACGGAGAGAUUACGUUUAUACGCGGCAUUGACAUGUACGGCUACGACGGAAACGACUUCCUGUCAUUUGACAACGUCAACAGCGUCUGGGUCGCCUUUACUGACGCGGCAGUCCAGACCAAGAGAAAGUGGGAUGAAGUCCAGGUCCUACAAGAAUACACCAGAGGCUACCUGGAGAACGAGUGCAUCGAUUGGUUGGGGAAGUUCAUCAAUUAUGGACAAAAACAGCUAGAAGAAACCAUUCCAACGGUGCACCUGUUUGCAAAGAACACCACAGUUGAAGGAAAUCUCCUUUUGACGUGCCUGGCCACAGGUUUCUUACCAAAAGAUAUCAUCCUGAACAUGAAAAUCAAUGGCAGUAUUCUAACUGAAGCGGACGGAGUUGUGUCCUCUGGCGUCCGACCCAAUGGUGACGAGACCUUCCAGAGACGAGAUAGCGUGGAGAUUUUACAGAGUGACUUGUCUAACUUCACCUGUGAAGUGAUCCAUCAGGCAUCCAAGUUACAUGUUGAGGAGGAGUGGGGGUCAAGUACAUCUGGCAACAGCAGUUCAGAUCAACCGCUUGAUGCUGUUACUCCCUCCGGCAAUAACGGCGGUAACAAUGGCCCAGUCGUGUACCAACCUGUCCCCCAGGGUAUGGUUUCAAAACACUCGGGCCAAACUGAGACGCUCCCUCACCGCCGAUGACUCUCAGGUCAACUCGUCCUCCCCUCCCCAGAGAGGCGUAACCGUGGCGACUGGCUCCCCAUCCCCAUCCUGCUCCCCGUCCGACCAAUCACAGCCCUUCUCUUCUAACUUCUUGAUACUCAUUUUUUAAAAAUACACAAAGAGACCUUUCUACAGCCUAUACCGUCUAUUAAAUCUGAUUAAUCAGUCCUUAAGACAAUCCAUUGUGCCAUCAGAAUGUAAGAUGGCCGUGGUCACACCCAUUUUUAAAUCAGGUAAAAGAUCAGAUAUGGCCAAUUAUCAGCCAAUCAGUAUUUUCAGAAUUCAGAAUUGUGUUGCUGCUGUCUUUCUCCAUCAUGCCUGCAGCCUGCAGCAGCAGGAAGUCGCGAAGCCGAGUGAAGUGAAAAUAAAUGAAUAAAUGGCGGCAUGCGAAAAUUAACGCGUUAUGCCCGGCCCUUAAUCGCUUUGCGAUUAACGCGUUAAUUCUGACAGCCCUAAUAACUACUCUUAAAAACAUUUAAUCUCUAUUUAAGAAAGCCAUAAACACUUUUGAUUAAAAGGCCUUGUCAUUUUACCAUUGCGAUAUCUUAGAGAGACAUACAUUUUUAAGCUUUGACUAUUUCAAACAUUUCAAGUAUGCUUGUUUGGUAUAUAAAGUCUUACAUAAUCUUGUAAUAUUGCACAGUAAUGAAAUUGCACAGAAUUAUCAGUGUUAUCAAAAGUAUUAAAUAUUAAAUAUUGCACAGUAGGUGGGUAGAAGAAAGUCCGGGGGUUGUGGGUAAGAUUGUGAAGUCAGUUCAUGUGAGAGUUCAAAGUGGUUAUGGCUUUUGGGUAGCCUGGGAAAACCAUGACGAACUUCAAGCAAAUUUGAGAUUUGCUCUGCAAGUCAGUCUGGCCAAGAGCCCAUUCAAGUCCAUUUCCAGUUUUUCCAAAUCGAGGCACCAAUCACCACUGUUGAGGCCAGCUUUACACUAUGACGGCGAGCAGCUUUUUGUUUACGUUCAACAUGACGGUGCGGCUGUCGGUGCUACGUCACCCAGAUCAUUGUUCUGAUUGGUUGAAGGACUAUCCAAUUGCGCCCAGAGGCAUUUGAGCGGCGUCCAUUGUUGACGCCCCUUUGGAAAUGGGCUGUGAAUGAAGCUUGCCCAGACCCACUCUCAGUUACAACCUAGAAGGGUCUGGUGUCAACCAGGCUAUAUUUUGGGAAGAAACUGUUCUUUAACCUGUUAACCAGUCCUUGUUCUGAUGCAGCUGUAGCACCUCCCAGAGGGCAGCAGGUCAAACAGAUCAAAGCCAAUGAGCUGUCCUUGGUGAUGAUUUCUGCUCUACUGAAGCAGCGGGAGGUGUAGAUGUCCAUCAGGGACAUCUACUUUUAAUUUUUACUUUGGUUGCAGUAUAGAGUAUAGAGGAAUGCAGUAUAGAGGUGGAUGAAUAAUGUCUUUGUCAUCAUGUAUUUUUGUUUUGUUUGUUUUGUCAAUGUAUAUGUCACCAUUAUGUGUACCUUUUUAAUAUAUAUCCAUGUCAGUCCUAUGUCACCUGCCUAGGGACUGCAGAUGUCAUUUUUACUAAUUCUGGCAUAUUUACAUCGUGGUUUUUUUAUACAGCAAUGUUCAUAAAUAUGCAUGGUCCCUAUCA